AUGCCAUUCAUCUUAAUCAAGUUAUACUUGCAUUGGUUGGAGAAGAAGCGCUCAGAGAUUGAGCAGAUUAUGGAUAACAACCAGAUGGGCAUUCAUCAAAAUACGGUCAGAUGGGUAUCUACUUCCCCUAAUAGAUCAACUUAUAAUCAAAAUGAUCAUAAAUCGGAUUCAAUUAUUUUAGCUCGCAAAAUUCUUCCUGCUGAUACUAAUCCAUUAGGUAUUAUCCACGGGGGUCAGACUUUACAACUUGCAGAACAAGCUGGACAUAUUGCUGCAACUAGACAUUGCUAUAGUAGUAACAAUAAUAAUAGAGUAACUCAAACCGAUCAGAAUAUCUAUAAUGCUGCUUAUAUGGCUCGAUUGGAUCAUAUGAACUUUUUACAGCCAAUCUUUGUUAAUGAGGUAGCACAAGCAAGAGCCGAAGUAGUAUUUGUAUCGCAACACUCAUUAGCUGUAGAAAUUGAAGUAACAGCAGAAGACCCAAGCAGAGGAACGCGACGAUUAACGAAUCGAGGAAUAUUUUGGUACGUAAACUUCAACAAGGAUCCAGUAAGUCAGCAAGUAAGCCUCGCCAAAGUUCCACCUUUAUUACAUUACGAUGUUGACAAGUACCAAAAGUGUCUUCAACUAUAUAAUCAACAAAAAGAAAACAGACGAUUAGUUCAAGGUUUUGAUGAUAUUACCAUUAAAGAUAACAUAGCUUCAGUAAGCAAUAUCGAUCAAACUGGUGCUACUAAGGAAACACAAGCUACCGUAGCAGCCUCAGAAUCUGUUCUAGUUCAUAUGGUUAUGCCUGCUGACUGUUAUCAAAUUCAGCGCGUAACUGGCGGUUGCCUUAUGAAACUUAUGGAUAACGUAGCAGCUAUAGUAUGUAUUAGGCAUACCAAAGGUACUAUUGCAACGGCUUCCAUUAAUGAUAUCGAUUUUCUGAAGCCAGUAAAAAUGGGCAAUCUUAUAACUGCUAUAGGAAGGCUGACCUUUACUUCCACAAAAUCGAUGGAAGUUCAGGUUCAAGUUAUCGCAGAAGAUAUCUGGGCUAAUAACAGUAAUCGAUAUGUAGCUAGUAGCGCCUUUUAUAAUUUUGUGGUAUUACAAAAGAAUGAUAAAGUUCCAUCAUUAAUACUAACUAGUGAUUACGAAAAGCGAUUAUUCGAAGAAGGCAGAAUACGCUAUGAAAAUAGGAAAAAAAUGUUUAAAAAGAAAUAA